GAGGGCGAGGCCCCCAGCAGCGAGACUGGCACGUCGCUGGACAGCCCCUCCGCCUACCACCAGGGCCCCUCGGCGCCCGGCUCCGGCCUGGGCCCGGACCACUCGGAGCACACGCCAGCGGACGCCUAUGGGCUGUAUGCGGGGCCGCCCGGGCAGCAGCGCACGCGGAGGCCCAAGCUGCAGCACUCGACCUCCAUCCUGCGCAAGCAGGCCGAGGAGGAGGCUAUCAAGCGCUCACGGUCCCUCUCUGAGAGCUAUGAGCUCUCUUCCGACCUGCAGGACAAGCAGGUGGAGAUGCUAGAACGGAAGUAUGGGGGCCGCCUCGUGACCCGCCAUGCGGCCCGCACCAUCCAGACAGCCUUCCGCCAGUACCAGAUGAACAAGAACUUUGAGCGGCUGCGCAGCUCCAUGUCCGAGAACCGCAUGUCGCGCCGCAUCGUGCUGUCCAACAUGAGGAUGCAGUUCUCCUUCGAAGGGCCGGAGAAGGUGCACAGCUCCUACUUCGAGGGCAAGCAGGUCUCAGUGACCGACAAGGGUGCCCCGCUGGAGGCCCUGGUGCCGGCCGAGUGCAGAGACCUGGGCCCGCCGCCUGCCCUCCAGGCCCCUGCCCCGGCCGGUGACUUCGCAGAUGCCAUCACGGAGCUGGAGGAUGCCUUCUCACGGCAGGUGAAGUCGCUGGCCGAGUCCAUUGACGACGCGCUCAACUGCCGCAGCCUGCACACCGAGGGGGCCCCCGCGCCCGACGUGGGGCGGACCCGGGACGCCGAGCCCUCGCCGGCCCUGCAUGGCGCCGAGCACCGCCAGCUGGACGAGAUGACCGCCUCGUACAGCGACGUCACCCUGUACAUCGACGAGGAGGAGCUGUCGCCACCCCUGCCCCCGAUGCAGGCGGGCCGCCGGCCGUCCAGCGCCGAGUCGGACCUGCGGCUGCGGCCCGGGGGUGCUGCCCAGGACUACUGGGCCCUGGCCCACAAGGACGACAAGGGGGACACGGACACCAGCUGCCGGAGCACGCCCUCGCUGGGGCCACAGGAGCCGCGGCUGCGCGGGGAGCACCUCCCGCUGCUCACCAUCGAGCCGCCCAGCGACAGCUCCGUGGACCUCAGCGACCGCUCGGACCGCAGCUCGCUUAAGAGGCAGAGCGCCUACGAGCGCGGCCUGGGUGGGCUGCAGGGCAGCCCCAAGCACGGCCCCCAUGGGCCCCCCAGGGGCCUCCCCCGGGAGGAGCCGGAGCCGCGGGCCCGGGCGCCCAGGCCCCUGGACGGCCACCUGGCCAUCAAUGGCUCGGCCAACAGGCAGAGCAAGUCCGAGUCGGACUACUCGGAUGGGGACAACGACAGCCUGAACAGCACAUCCAACUCCAACGACACCAUCAACUGCAGCUCCGAGUCUUCGUCCCGUGACAGCCUGCGUGAGCAGACGCUCAGCAAGCAGACCUACCACAAGGAGACCCGCAACAGCUGGGACUCGCCCACCUUCAGCAACGACAUCAUCCGCCGGCGGCACUACCGCAUCGGCCUCAACCUGUUCAACAAGAAGCCCGAGAAGGGCGUCCAGUACCUCAUCGAGCGCGGCUUCGUGCCCGACACGCCGGUGGGCGUGGCCCACUUCCUGCUGCAGCGCAAGGGCCUGAGCCGGCAGAUGAUCGGGGAGUUCCUGGGCAACCGGCAGAAGCAAUUCAACCGCGACGUGCUCGACUGCGUGGUGGACGAGAUGGACUUCUCCACCAUGGAGCUGGACGAGGCCCUCCGGAAGUUCCAGGCGCACAUCCGGGUCCAGGGGGAGGCCCAGAAGGUGGAGCGGCUGAUCGAGGCCUUCAGCCAGCGGUACUGCAUCUGCAACCCCGGGGUGGUGCGGCAGUUCCGGAACCCAGACACCAUCUUCAUCCUGGCCUUUGCCAUCAUUCUGCUCAACACCGACAUGUACAGCCCCAACGUCAAGCCCGAGCGCAAGAUGAAGCUGGAGGACUUCGUCAAGAACCUCCGAGGCGUGGACGAUGGGGAGGACAUCCCCCGGGAGAUGCUGAUCGGGAUCUACGAGCGGAUCCGGAAGCGGGAGCUGGAGACCAACGAGGACCACGUGUCGCAGGUGCAGAAGGUGGAGAAGCUCAUCGUGGGGAAGAAGCCGAUUGGAUCUCUGCACCACGGGCUCGGCUGUGUGCUCUCGCUGCCGCACCGGCGCCUGGUCUGCUACUGCCGGCUCUUCGAGGUUCCAGACCCAAAUAAGCCCCAGAAGCUUGGGCUGCACCAGCGAGAAAUCUUCCUGUUCAAUGACCUCCUGGUGGUCACCAAGAUCCUCCAGAAGAAGAGGAACGCGGUGACGUACAGCUUCCGCCAGGCCUUCCCCCUGCACGGCAUGCAGGCCCUGCUCUUCGAGAGCCAGCAUUACCCCAAUGGCAUCCGGCUCACAUCCGCCGUCCCCGGAGCAGACCUCAAAGUGCUAAUAAACUUUAACGCUCCCAAUCCUCAAGACCGGAAGAAAUUCACUGAUGACCUGCGGGAGUCCAUCGCGGAGGUGCAGGAGAUGGAAAAGCACAGGAUAGAGACGGAGCUCGAGAAGCAGAAGGGCGUCGUACGGCCCAGCAUGUCCCAGUGCUCCAGCCUCAAAAAGGAGCCGGGCGGCGGGACACUGAGUCGGGCCUGCCUGGAUGACAGCUACGCCAGCGGCGAGGGCCUCAAGCGCAGCGCCCUCAGCAGCUCCCUGCGCGACCUCUCAGAAGCGGGGGUCCAUCAUUAGCAGUCCUCACACGCGCCGGAGAGCUACAACACGAGACUGUCCAUCUCGCCCACACCAGGCCAUGCCCAACUCCUCCUCCCUCCUGGGCUCCUUAUUUGGGAGUAAGAGAGGGAAGCCCCCUCCCCAGGCCCACUUGCCCCCAGCCCCUCCCCAGCCGCCCCCCCACCCGCCUCAUCCCUCUCCCGGCCACCCCCAGGGGCCCACGGAGGGCCCCUUGCAGGCCCCAGUGCACGGGCAUCACGGCCAGUACUGCCCCCUCCAGCAGAACCCGCCCCCCUACCAUCACCACCACCACUACCACCCGCCCCAGCACAUCCAGCACGCACACCAGUACCACCACGGCCCCCAUGGGGGGCAGCCCGCCUACGGGGCCCACGCGCACAGCCACCCGCCGCUGCCCUCGGCCCACGUCGGCCACCCGGGCCACGUGGGCCAUGCCGUGCACCACCACGGGCAGCCCCCUGCCCCGCCACCCCUCCCCAGCAGCAAGGCCAAACCCAGCGGCAUCAGCACAAUUGUGUAGACAGCCUGGGCGGGGGUCCCGGGCCCCUCAGAACAAGUGCACACCACACAGGCGCGCCCAGGGGUGGCAGCCCCAGACCAGACCCAGGGCGCUUUCUGUUUCCACCUCCCCAUCUGUUCCCAGCCCGGAUGGAACCCCCGCAAGCCCCGGGGCUUGUGUCACAGGGAACAAACCCCCACCCCCCGCCCCCAGUUUCAUUUAGCGGUGGCGCCCCGGGCUCCAUCCACCUCAGCCCAGGAGGUGGGCCUCGGCCACCGUCAGCCCUGAAACGGUGCCGCCGGCCAAGUAGAUGUUGAGCUCCCCGCCCUGACCCCCCACCUGCAGCCCUCAGCUCUCUGCUCCCUCACUAUACACGCAGAUGAGGACCCAGCCUAGGAAAAGAAGAGACGACACAAAAAACCAGAGACAGAACCAAACAAA